CGCAGUUUGGCAGAGCGCAGCGCACCGCGGAGCGCGCAGCUCCGGACGGCUCCUGGAACAGUCAGAGCGGUGAGACAGACCAGCAGUGAGCUGGAAACACUGAUUCACCUGCUCUCUCACACACACACAUACACACACACACUGCAACAUCUGCCACGUCGUCUCUGAUGGAGAGCGGAACAGUCUGACGGAGUCUCUGUUGGUGUGGAGUAACAUGUCUACCUCUGUGGCGUCUCCCACGGACCAAAUCACUCUUUGUGAGGCUUUUAUUUUCAACAUCUAAACGGCGACUUUAAGGAGCCUUAAAAACUCCGCGCGGCAUGUGCGCGCUCUGCGAAAUUGAGCUUAAUUGUACUACAAUGCCCCACACCAUCUGCGUGGAAAACUUAACGGCAUGCUGCAUAUUGAGGGUUGGGAACGUGCGAGCAAGCUGAAACAGAUGGACACAAGCCCAACAACACACUGGAGACGUGCUGUGUUGCUGAAUGGCUGACAAGUUCCCAGUCACCUGGCAUACCUUGUGAAGCCCCCCUCCCAUCGCAUUGUGCAGGACACCGUCCCCCAGCAAAGUGGCAGUUAUGUACCAGGAGGUGGCCUUCUUGGCCGGUAGCACGGAGCACCAGUUCACCACCUUCCACUUCAAACGUGUGGAGAACCCGCAGGAGGUCAAACCCAAGAAGGGUUUAUUCUACAAACGAGCCCAACUCCUGCUUCAGCCUCAGCCCCGCCAACAGGACGGAGAUGAGAUCGGCCUGGCUGACGGGGCAGCCAUCAUCAAUGUGGGGGGGAUCAAGUACCGCAUCCCGUGGUCAACCCUUGAGGAGUUCCCCCUGACGAGGCUGGGCAAGCUGCGCCGAUGCAGCAACGAGGACGAGAUCAUGGACUUGUGCGACGACUAUGACGGAAGCCGCAAUGAGUAUUUCUUUGACCGAAGCCCGUCGGCUUUCCGCACAAUCGUGUCGUUCUUAGCAGCGGGGAAGCUGCGGUUGCUGAGAGAGAUGUGCGCGCUGUCCUUCCAGGAGGAGCUGAUGUACUGGGGGGUAGAGGAGAACAAGCUGGACUGGUGCUGCCUCAGGAAGCUGCGGCUCAGGCAGGAGGAGUACAAGGAGCAGCAGAGGCUGGAGGACGAGGAGGCGGAGCUCACCUCGCCACAGUCCUGCGAGGACAGCCAGCUGCCUUCUGGGACAGGCUCACAGGAGGAAACCCGUACGGGGGGCUGCAUGCGAAGACUGAGGGACAUGGUGGAGAACCCCCACUCCGGCCUGCCGGGGAAGAUCUUCGCCUGUCUGUCAGUGUUGUUUGUAGCCAUCACUGCUGUGACGCUAUGUGUCAGCACCAUGCCAGACCUCAGAGAGGAGGAGGAGAGGGGUGAGUGCUCCCAGAGGUGCUAUAACAUCUUUGUGCUGGAAACGGUGUGCGUUGCCUGGUUCUCCCUGGAGUUCCUUCUGCGCUUCAUUCAGACGCAGAGCAAGUGUAUGUUCCUGCGUACGCCUCUGAACGUCAUUGAUGUGGUGGCCAUCCUUCCCUACUACAUCACCCUCAUCGUGGACUCUCUGUCGGUGGGGGGGAAACCUGCGGGCUCAGGGAACAACUACCUGGAGAAGGUGGGGUUAGUCCUCAGGGUCCUGCGAGCUCUACGGAUCUUUUACGUGAUGAGGUUGGCCCGUCAUUCCUUAGGCUUACAGACUCUCGGUCUGACAGUCAGGAGGUGUACGCGUGAGUUCGGCCUGUUGCUGCUGUUCCUGUGCGUUGCCAUGGCUCUUUUCUCCCCACUGGUUUUCCUAGCGGAGAGCGAGAUGGGCGCCAAGCAGGAGUUCACCAGCAUCCCAGGUAGCUACUGGUGGGCCGUCAUCUCAAUGACCACGGUGGGCUACGGAGACAUGGUGCCCAGGAGCAUCCCCGGCCAGGUGGUGGCGCUCAGCAGCAUCCUGAGCGGCAUCCUCCUCAUGGCGUUCCCCGUCACGUCCAUCUUUCACACAUUCUCGCGCUCCUACGUGGAGCUGAAGGAGGAACAGAACCGGGCGCUGAGGCAGAAGCCGGACUCGCAGGACAGCACCAAGUCCCAGAACAGUGAGGACUCUCAGGAGACGGACAGCUACCACGGCAUCACUGAGGCCGCAGCCUCAGCCAUGCAGAGGAGGAAGUCCAUGGCUGCGCAAAGGGCUGCUGAGAUUAAAGCAUCCAUGAAAACUUAGCUUCUCUGUGUGUUCAAGUGGCGGCGUUGACACCCAAUGCUGAGACUUCCAAGUUGACAAGCUGUAGGAUUGUGAGCAGAGAGGAGAUUUUCUCUCUGGAGAUUGAGGUCUCUGCUUUGAUCGUGCUUGUGCUUGUGCACCAGACUGUAUCUGAGUUUCUUAAGUUUUACAGAGAAGCUGCAGAGGUCUCUUUUUUUGUAAUCACAAAUUUGACUUGAAAACAAGGCUAAUAGUACAAUAAUCAUGAUUAAACAACCAGUCAAAUGAAAUUAAAUUAGUGAUAGAGACAGUGCUCUCUGACUGCGAUUCAGACUUGAGAUAAGUUUGUGCUAAAGGGAAAUCACCACUAAAGCAUCACACAGUGUUACUCAAACCUCAGACUAAUUAUUCAUGUUCCUCAUGUAGCUGCAUUUGAGAGGAUCAUCUGAAAUAAAGAUGUUUGCUGAGA